GUUUGUUAAUAUUUACUCUCGUCCAUUUAAUUCUGAGUAGUUCAAAAGUAUUAUCAAAAGUAGUUCCCCUAUGCUCAUUGACAAACAUCAUAACCCCACUUAACCUAAAAAAUUCACAUUUGUAAACAUGGGAGACGUUGGUGUGUGUAAAAUAAAACCGGAGUUUAUCCUCCCUGACGCAGAAAGACAAAUAAUAUUGGAAUGUGUCUCUGAUAAAGAUAAGAAUAAGUUACAAGUGGAAGAUGCCAAUGGGGAAUCACCAGCAAAGAAACAACGCCUUUCUAAAAGUGAGAAAAAGAAACUUAAGGGUCAAAAUAAGUCCAGGGGUCCUACUUUUGUUAGAAAUAAGGAAAUUGAACUGUGCAAUUCUUUGAUCAAUGCAACCGAUGGUCAGGAACCAAAAUGUGAAAGGAAGAACUGUCAGUUUUUACACAGUGCUGAAGAGUUUCUUAAAAUUAAACCCAAAGAUAUUGGUGAUGUUUGUUACAAUUUUAUUACUUCUGGGAAAUGUACAAGAGGUUUAGCUUGUAGAUUUGGUUCAAGUCACAUUACAGCUGAUGGUAAAAACAUUGUUGAUAAAGACAAAUGGGAAUUAUUUGUUAAAAAUGAACCACACACAGUAAACCAAUUAAAAUAUGAAACUCAGAUAUCACUUAGGAAAAGAACAUAUAACUUUGACUUGUCUGAAUCCAUGAUAAAUUACAAUGAUAGGCUAAGAAAAGAAAAGAGAAUGAUGGAAAAUCCAAAAAAUUUAAAUACAGAUGCAGGAAAAAUUAAAACUAGUGGCCCCAUCACAGAUGAGGACCUGAUCAAAAUUAAAAGCAGGGAAAAAAAGAAAAUAAAUUGGCAGGACAAGCUGGUGCUCAGUCCUUUAACAACAGUUGGAAAUUUACCAUUUAGAAGGAUUUGUAAAGAGUAUGGGGCUGAUGUUACUUGUGGAGAAAUGGCCAUGUGCACCUCUUUAUUGCAAGGAGCUGCACAAGAAUGGGCCCUUGUUAAAAGGCAUCACACUGAAGACAUCUUUGGUGUGCAAUUGUGUGGCAACAACCCCUAUGUUCUAACAAAAUGCUGUGAAAUGUUACAAAAAGAAGCCCAAUUAGACUUCAUUGAUUUGAAUUUGGGCUGCCCCAUAGAAUUAGUCUACAAAAGUGGAGGUGGUUGUGGAUUAGUGCGGCGUCAAAAUAUUCUCGAAUCCUGUGUACGCAGUAUGAGUGAUGUAUUGACCAUUCCUCUAACAGUGAAAAAUCGCACUGGGGUUUACAGCAAUGAGAAUAUAGCUCACCUUCUGGCACCAAAAUAUAGAGAAUGGGGAGCCAGCUUAAUGACCAUCCAUGGUAGAUCGAGGGAACAAAGGUACACUAGAUCAGCUGAUUGGGCUUAUAUAAGACAGGUUGCACAGGCUGCAGCUCCACUGCCUGUUUUAGGUAAUGGGGAUAUACUGAGUUAUGAGGAUUACAAAACAGCUAGGGAAGCUGCACCUGAAAUAGCUGGUGUUAUGAUUGGAAGGGGUGCCUUAAUAAAACCUUGGUUGUUCACAGAGAUUAAAGAACAAAAGUUGUAUGACAUAUCUAGUUCUGAAAGAUUUGAUAUAAUUAAGAAGUAUGUAAACUAUGGUUUGGAGCACUGGGGAUCAGACAAUAAAGGAGUAGAGAACACAAGGAGGUUCUUAUUAGAAUGGUUGUCAUUUUUAUACAGGUACGUUCCAGUUGGCUUGUUGGAAAGGCCUCCACAAAAAGUUAAUGAAAGGCCACCAUAUUAUCGAGGACGGGACGAUUUGGAAACUCUUAUGGCGUCGCCUUCAGCCAGUGAUUGGAUUAAAAUCAGUGAAAUGCUUUUAGGACCAGUUCCAGAGAAUUUCCAGUUUCUUCCAAAACAUAAAGCAAAUUCAUAUAAAUAAAUGU